AUGGCAGUUUUACCUGUGACAAUUUUUAUCGGAAUGGAAGCUUUAAUUGGAUUUGUUGGAAAUAUUUUGAUUUUAAUCAUAUACGUUCGGCGCCGUGAAAAGAGCAAUUUUCGCUACUUUAUCAUAACGAUGGCCUGUAUUGACUUUACAAGUUGUAUAACCGCAUUACCAUUGGAAGCCUUCUCUCAAUUGCACUGGUACACGUACCAAUAUCCUUCGAUUUGCAAAUUGAAGUCAUAUUGUAACGUGUUUACAGCAUGGGCUUCUGCUUCUAUUCUGUUCCUUUUGGCGUUUGACAGACAUCGAAAAAUUCGGCGGCCUUUACAAUGGCAAAUACAACCAUCCUUUGCCAUUAGAUUGUGUAUAGCGUCAAUAUUUUUCUCAGCAAUUGUAGCAAUUCCCGUUGCUAUCUUAUGGGGAAAGCAAACUUACGAAUAUGAUCUGAAUGGAACAAAGAUAAACGUGUCUGUUUGUGAAAAGGAUCAAGCAUAUGCAGAUGACAUAUACCCUCUUUUAUACAUUGGGACAAUCUACAUUUGCCCUGUGUCUAUCAUGAUGGGGGAUCGGGCAGCUAGGUUUGACAACACCAAAGGUCCUGCAGGGGAUUGGGCAGCGAGGUUUGCCAACACCAAAGGUCCUGCAGGGGAUCGGGCAGCGAGGUUUGCCAACACCAAAGGUCCUGCAGGGGAUUGGGCAGCGAGGUUUGCCAACACCAAAGGUCCUGCAGGGGAUCGGGCAGCUAGGUUUGCCAACACCAAAGGUCCUGCAGGGGAUCGGGCAGCUAGGUUUGCCAACACCAGUAUCGGCCCUUUCCAAAAAAAAUAA